AUGAACAUCCCAUCCCUCCAAUUCCCCGCCCUCCCCACUAUAAACGGCUUCGAAUAUACCAUCCGUCAAGCAACAAUUACAGACAUCCCAUUGCUCACGACCCUCCAUUUCGCUGCCUUCGGGGACGAAUUGGACCAAAUCAUCCCCAAUAACGUUGACGGUAGAGCAUGGAUGUCUGAGGCUUUUCGAGUAUGCUUUGAAGAAUUUGAAAACGAUUGUCUUACUGUUGCUGCAAUCGCUAGGAAAGCCGAUGAUUAUGGUGAUGAUGAUAACUUAGAAGAGGGUGGGGAGGUAGUAGCCUAUGCGAGGUAUAUUUUACCUACUAGAGAGGUGUGGGAUAAUAUGUAUUCAUAUCCUAAGGCUGUUGGAGAGAUGGAUCAAAAUAAGGUCGAUGAUUUUUUGGGAGGUUUGGAGGAACAGCAUGCGGAGGCUAUGGGGUGGGGAGAUGGACAAGUUGGGGUGCGGCAUCUUUGGUUUGAGAACUUGGCUACUCAUCCAAGUCAUAGGAGGUUGGGGAUUGGAAGGGCUUUGGUAGGAUAUCUAUGUACACUUGCGGAUGAGAUGGGGUUAGAGGUUUAUCUUGAUGCAUCGGAUUUUGGGAUGGGAUUGUAUAAAAAGUUCGGGUUUAGGACGGUUGAGAGGAUGGGGAAUAGGGCGGUUAGUGCGCCCAUGGUGAGAAAGGUUAAGGGUUAA